UAAUGGACACAACUCAAUUAAAGACAAAAGUGAUAAAUGAAUUUACUAAGAAAAAUAAAUAGUUAUUAGAUGAAUGGUCUGAAAAAACAGUUUAGGCAUAUUUAGAGUAAUGUAGAAAAUUUACAGAAGAAAUGUAUUCAGGAAAUUUAAUCAUGGUUGAUGAUGGAUACAAUUAAACUUAAGAAGAAUUAUUGAUUUUGGAAAACCUUUUUAAAAGUAUAUUUAUUUAUAUGAAUUAUAGAUUAUACAAAAACAAAAGGAGAUAUAUAACAUAAACUUCGUAUAGGAUACUCAAUAGCAAGAAAACUUUAUAUGGAAAAUCUUCAAUAGAGAGUAUUUAAAAUAUUCAAAGAAUAAGUGAAAUUUUAAAAAUACAUUAGAAGUAUGAAGGUUUAUGCAACAAAACAUUAUAAGUAAAAAUUUAUUUAAAAAAAUAUAGAUAGAGACUUCCAAGAUAAGUAUUUAGUAAGUGGAGAAAAUUAGCUCAUAAUUAAACUAGACAUAUCAUUUUAUAAUAAGUAAAUAGGAAAACUGAUAGUGAAAUAAUGCAAAUGCAAAAAGAAUAUGAGUAAUUAAUAGGAUAAUUGGAAACUGUAUUAGAAAAAAAAUUAAUUGAAUUAAAAGUCGAAGAAGAAUAACAUAAAGAAUUAGUUUUAAGAUAUGAUGGAAUAGUUGAAAAAAGAACAGCAGUAAAGCAUUGA